AAGCCAAAAAAAAAAAAAAAACAAAAAAAACAAAAAAAAGGAUAAAAAAACGAAAUCCAACAAAGAGAAAAACGUAGUUGCUAACCGAUAGUUCGAAUGAGCUCGAAAACCUUUUAAAGAGACGGUUAAAUCCACAGAAAACAACGAAACAGAGAGAAGCCACAAAGGUAUCCAUGGCAACUCUCCCAUGCUUCCAAAACAAAUUAGCAAUCCCAGAACCCAGAUAGAAAAAAACCCAUGAAACCCAGAAGAAGUAAAAGACCAAGCGACAAUACUGGGAUCUUCUUUGUUCAACCCCUUGACAAUUCUAUCAGAAAACUGCCAUCUCCCUUUGUUGUGGUCGAAUAAUGGUGAACCUUUUUGUAUAGAAAGUGGAAACAGCUGAAAUUACUUACAUUCCUCAUCUCUUCGUAGUCAUUUUAUGAAGUUCACGGUGUUCUUGUAAACUUAGCUAAGCGAAAAGCUCAAGGAAAAUGUUGAAGUCAAUCUUCUAACAGCAGUCGGACAGCAUUGUAGUGAACAAUCAUUCCUUCAUGUGUGGUUAUUCAAAUAUGCUUGUGAGACUAGUGUAUGGCAACAAAUGAGAACAAACAGUGAAUUUCUUUCCAAACUCUUGUAUGGAAAGAAACUUUAUCAUGCUUUUCUACAACCAUGUCCACCGUGGUUGAGAUUUUUCUCUUCUUUGAACCUUUCUCAAACAUUAGAAAAGAAAAAGAAGUCAAAUAGAGCUCUGAGACUUCUGGACAUUAUUAACCCAAAAGCAAGUGUUGCCCGAACUCACCGACAACGCCAUCUUCAGCUCAUUGAGAACUUUUUAGCCCCUAGUUUGGAACAACUGAGUUCCCAAGAACUUAGUAUUGGCUCAGCUUUAUCUUGUUCAAGUUCAUCAGAGGAAAUAAUAAACCUGUUUGGUCAAGGACUUGAAUCUAAUCCUGUUUAUACUCAAUCAUGCAAUGAGAGGUUAAUGAAUGAUGCAACUGUCUUAUCACAUGCUGUUAGUUUGUGUGGGUCGAUGUGCGACCUUCAUGGUGGUGUUCAAUAUCAUUGUCUGGCAUUAAGAACGGGGUUUGUAGCAAAUAUUUAUAUAGGAAGUUCUUUGAUCCAUUUGUAUGGUAAAUGCAAUGAGUUGGACAAUGCUUACCAAGUUUUUGUAGAAAUGCCUAUAAAAAAUGUGGUUUCAUGGACAUCUAUAAUUGCUGCAUUUGCACAAGACUGGCAGGUGGAUGUAUGCUUGGACCUAUUCCACAGGAUGAGGAAUUCAAUUUUGAAGCCCAAUGAUUUCACAUUUACAAGUCUUUUGAGUGCUUGCAUGGGCAGUGGAGCUCUUGGGCAAGGGAGAAGCAUUCACUGCCAAACAAUUCAAAUGGGUUUCUAUUCGUACAUUCACAUUUCUAAUGCUCUCAUUUCAAUGUAUUGCAAAUGUGGAGCUGUUGACCAUGCACUUUUCAUUUUCAGAAGUAUAGACCGUAAAGAUACUGUAUCUUGGAACUCCAUGAUUACAGGGUAUGCUCAACAUGGUCUUGCAUUUCAGGCAAUUGAUCUUUUCAAAGAAAUGAAGAAGCAAAGUGUCAAAACUGAUGCCAUUAGUUUCCUUGGUGUCCUCUCUUCAUGUCGCCAUGCAGGUCUUGUUAAAGAAGGCUGGCUCUAUUUAAAUUCAAUGGUCGAAAAUGGUGUGCAACCAGAAUUAGAUCAUUAUUCAUGUGUGAUAGAUCUUCUUGGUCGAGCUGGGUUAUUGGAAGAAGCUCUAGAAGUCAUUCAAAAGAUGCCAAUCAAUCCCAAUGCUGUUAUAUGGGGUUCACUGCUUUCUUCCUGUAGAUUUCAUGGAAACAUAUGGUUUGGUAUCCAGGCUGCAGAGAACAGGCUAUUGCUGGAACCAAGCUGUGCUGCAACUCAUGUGCAACUGGCACAUCUUUAUGCCAGUGUUGGAUGCUGGGAUCAUGUGGCAAGAGUGCGGAAAUUGAUGAAAGAUAAAGGACUGAAGACGAGUCCUGGCUGCAGUUGGAUUGAAGUUAAGAACGAAGUCUGCAAAUUUAGAGCAGAGGACAUGUCGAAUGCAAGAAUGGUUGAAAUUAUUUCAGUUUUGGAUAGUUUAGCAGAUCACAUGGGAGCUUUAAGCCAUGACCCAGAAAUUCUCCAGGAAGAGAUGGGGUUUAUGUUUUACUUUCAAUGAAGAUAGUCAUAGAAUGUUGCAUGUUUCUGAGGAUAACUGGACAUAUUGUAGUUUAUAGCAUGAAACCAAUAACCAGAAAACAUACAUUUAGUAAAAAAUUUCAUUUGUGACAACACCAAUACGAUGUAUUGUACAAUUGACAACAUAUUAAUAAUAUAUGACAUAAUAUUUCAUA